GAGACCCACAAGCUCCUGGGAGGACUUGCACUCUGUCUUCAGUUGAGAGCCUCACUCCCUUCAGCGCCAUGUCUUACAGCUGCUUCCUGCCCAACCUGAGCUGCCGCUCCAGCUUCUCCUCCCGGCCCUGCGUGCCCCCCAGCUGUCACGGCUGCACCCUGCCCGGGGCCUGCAACAUCCCCGCCAACGUGGGCAGCUGUGGCUUGUUCUGCGAGGGCUCCUUCAAUGGCAAUGAGAAGGAGACCAUGCAGUUCCUGAACGACCGCCUGGCCAGCUACCUGGAGAAGGUGCGCCAGCUGGAGCGGGAGAACGCGGAGCUGGAGAGCCGCAUCCGGGAGCGGUGCCAGCAGCAGGAGCCCGAAGUGUGCCCCAACUACCAGUCCUACUUCCGCACCAUCGAGGAGCUCCAGCAGAAGAUCCUGUGCACCAAGUCUGAGAACGCCAGGCUGGUGGUGCAGAUUGACAAUGCCAAGCUGGCUGCGGAUGACUUUAGAACCAAGUAUGAGACGGAGCUGGGCUUGCGCCAGCUGGUGGAGUCGGACAUCAACGGGCUGCGCAGGAUCCUGGAUGAGCUGACCCUGUGCAAGUCAGACCUGGAGGCCCAGGUGGAGUCCCUGAAGGAGGAGCUGCUCUGCCUCAAGAGGAACCAUGAGGAGGAAGUCAAUACCCUGCGUAGCCAGCUUGGAGACCGCCUCAACGUGGAGGUGGACGCGGCCCCCACCGUGGACCUGAACCGCGUGCUCAAUGAGACCAGGAGUCAGUAUGAGGCCCUGGUGGAGACCAACCGCAGGGACGUGGAGGAAUGGUUCACCACCCAGACCGAGGAGCUGAACAGGCAGGUGGUGUCCAGCUCAGAGCAGCUGCAGUCCUACCAGGCGGAGAUCAUCGAGCUGAGACGCACGGUCAACGCCCUGGAGAUCGAGCUGCAGGCCCAGCACAACCUGAGAGACUCUCUGGAGAACACGCUGACGGAGACAGAGGCGCGCUACAGCUCCCAGCUGUCCCAGGUGCAGGGCCUGAUCACCAACGUGGAGUCCCAGCUGGCCGAGAUCAGGAGCGACCUUGAGCGUCAGAACCAGGAGUACCAGGUGCUGCUGGACGUGCGGGCCCGGCUGGAGAGCGAGAUCAACACGUACCGGGGCCUGCUGGAGAGCGAGGACUGCAAGCUGCCCGUCAACCCCUGCGCCACAACCAACGCGUGCGGCAAAUCCCUUGGGUCCUGUGUCUCCACUCCCUGCACCCCCUGUGUGGCCCCUGUCCCCUGCCAACCCUGUGCCCCCCGCCCCCGCUGUGGGCCCUGCAACACCUUCGUGCGCUAGAGCCCGGGGCUGCCAGAGGAGCAAGGAGGCAGGGCCUGAGGGUCCAGGGCUUUGACCUGGCACCGGUUCUUUUGACAAAAAGGGCCUGAAAACACAAUUUGCAUGGCUGGAGCUGCCCCAGGAAGGCAGCCAAGAAACUCACCCAGCCACUCCAGACAGUUCCCUGCCCACCUUUUCCUUCACUGGGGUUCAUUCCUUAUUUGCUUGCCCAGAGAACCCUCCCAAGGGCUAGUGGCCUUCCCUUGUAAGCUCCUAAUAAAUUGAUUUCCCUGGCAAAGCA